AAUCACCACCAGCCUUGUUCCCCUCCAGCUUCGGAAAGGCCUCCCUCUCCUCAGCUCAAACCACCCACCAUCCUCUCAUCUCCUUUUCCUCCCUCUCUUUCUCUCUCUCUCUCUCUCUCUCUUUUUCUCCCCCCGCUAUUCAAUUCCAGUAAUAGCGCGUCCGAUCACAUUUAACCCGACAGCGAUGGCGGCGAUCCAGCCUCUCCCUCUACCCACUACCAGCAGCCUCGGAACCUUAACCCACCAAUCCCUUUCGGUACCGCCGAUUCCCAGAAGACUACCCCAACCCGCCCUCCGCUUCCGACGCCACCUCGUCGAAUGCAUCACCCACCGCCCGGAGAUCUCCGGCGCCGGCUGCUCUUUCUUCCACGGCGCCGUCGGACCCAGCCUCGCCGACUGGAAGAGCACCUGCGCCAUCCUUUCCGCCGUUGGUAGGGGGGAGGUGGACAACCACCACCACGAGGCAAACCCGGUCCCCGCGGUCGUCAACGGCCACGAGUCCGCCGCGGCCGCCACUCUGGAUGUGGUGCAGCUCCCGCGGCCGCUGACGAUCGCGGACCUGGCCCCGACCCCGAUGCACGGGUCCCGGCUCCGCGUGGCCUACCAGGGCGUCCCGGGGGCGUACAGCGAGGCGGCCGCGGGCAAGGCGUACCCGGAGUGCGAGGCCAUCCCCUGCGACCAGUUCGAGACGGCCUUCCAGGCGCUGCAGCUCUGGAUCGCCGACCGCGCGGUCCUUCCCGUGGAGAACUCCCUCGGCGGCAGCAUCCACCGAAACUACGACCUCCUCCUCCGGCAUCACCUCCACAUCGUGGGGGAGGUCCAGCUGCCGGUGCACCACUGCCUGAUGGCCCUCCCGGGGGUCCGGCGGGAGUGCCUGACCCGGGUGCUGAGCCACCCGCAGGCCCUGGCCCAGUGCGAGCUCACCCUCAGCGGCAUGGGCCUCAACGUGUCCCGCGAGGCCUUCCCCGACACCGCCGGCGCCGCCGAGUGCGUGGCUGCCAACGGGCUCCGGGACGCGGCGGCUAUCGCGUCGGCCCGGGCGGCGGAGCUGUACGGGCUGGAGGUGCUGGCGGACGGGAUACAGGACGACCCGAGCAACGUGACCCGGUUCGUGAUGCUGUCCCGGGAGCCCAUCAUUCCGCGGACCGACCGGCCCUUCAAGACCAGUAUCGUGUUCGCCCAAGACGGGGAAGGCACCUCCGUGCUCUUCAAGGUCCUCUCCGCCUUCGCUUUCCGGAACAUCUCCCUCACCAAGAUCGAGAGCCGCCCCCACCGGAACCGGCCCAUCCGGAUCGUGGACGAAGCCGACGGCGGCACGGCCAAGCACUUCGACUACAUGUUCUACGUCGACUUCCAGGCGUCGCUGGCGGAGGCGCGGGCGCAGAACGCGCUCGGGGAGGUACAAGAGUUCACCUCCUUCCUCCGCGUCCUCGGCAGCUACCCCAUGGACAUGACACCCUGGCCGCGGGCCCACAACGACGACGACGGCGCCGAUCAUGCUUCCAAUCUCUCCUCCCAGUCCCGGUGAAUCAACCACCUACCGGUCAUCCUAACUACAGACCAGCCUGAAUCCGUUCGUUCGUGUCCUUCAUCAGAACGGCCCGUCCAUCGAUCCAUCCAUUCCCAGCGUGGGGCGGCUGGUGAUGGACGGCCGUGAUCCUUGGCAUCUCCCUCCUCUCCCGCAACCCUCCAAUCAGGAGAAAGGUUGGCAAGAUCGCGAAGCGCCAAGUGUAGUUGACUGCGCCUGUGGCCUGGUCUUAUCGGUUGGAUGGCUGUAAUGUUUUCUUUUGCAUUUUUUUAUUAUUCGUCCAAGUGCAUUGAACUCUGCAGGAAGCAAUGUCGUGUCUUUUGUGUCCAUUUUGUUUAUGAUCGUUAUGAUCAUAAAAUUAAACACCAGUUUUGCUUCAUCAUGAUUUAUCGUACCAUGAAUUCUACUUGUACGACGA